GAAAAAUUGGCAGAAGUUUUGUCAUCCCAUUUGAGCUUACGAUAUUGAACUCAGCCCUCCUGCUCCUUCGGAAUGGUUCAGAUCAAAGAGUUCCGGAUUGUGAUGCCCAUGUCACUGGAAGAGUAUGAGGUAGCUCUGAUGUAUACCAUAAUGAAAAUGGAGCAACUGAAUACUACUAGCAAAGAAGGGGUGGAGAUACUGCAGAACAUACCUUUCGAAGAUGAACUGCUUGGAAAGGGCCAAUAUACAUCAAAGAUAUAUCAUCUACAGAGCAAAAUCCCUGGUUGGCUGAAACUUGUUGCACCAACUAGUGCUCUUACUGUGCAAGAGGAAUCCUGGAAUUCAUAUCCAAAAAGCAAAACAGUGAUCAAGUGCCCAUAUUUUGCUCAGUGCUCUCUAACUAUUGAAACUGUCAGUAAAGCUGACAAUGGUUGUUCUGAAAAUGUGCAUGGAUUGAGCGAUGAGCUACUAGCUGCAAGAAAAGUGCAAGUUAUUGAUAUAGCUUCAGUUUCAAGAGAUUACUGGAGUAAGGCAAUUGGUACUGCAAAUGUGGAUUUGUCCACAUUCAAAUCACAAAAAACAGGUCGAGGUCCACUUUUAAAAAAAUGGGAGGACACAUGUCAUCCGGUCAUGACAACAUACAAAUUAGUGACCGUGGCAGCUCCUAUUUGGGGUUUUGGCAGUCGCUUGGAAGAACUUAUCCUUGCGGGUGAAAGGGCUCUGUUUUUGGAAUGCCAUAAGCUCUGUUUUGCUUGGAUUGAUGAGUGGUUUGGGAUGACUAUGGAGCAUGUGUGUGAGCUGGAAAGGGAAAAUGAUUUAUCACUCAAUAAGAGGCUCCAGAAAUCAUCUUUGGUAUCCGGCAAGCGAGAUGACAAAAGGAAGAGUCUGCGUGGCAGCAAGAAGAUCGUCGAACAUCCAAUCAAGUUGUAGAUAAUGAUCAUUGGAUGUAAGUUCUGUUAGAUAAGCAUUCCACCCAUGCAUCACAAAAAUAAGAUAAAGUGUGCUGCAUAUUUAUUGGGAUGCACUACACACUUGCUGGCUUGGGGUCACAGAAACUUAAUCAGUACAUUUGAUGCGAUGGCGAUGAACAGUUAAUUUUUGGUAAAGUUCCUCAAUAUCAUUCAUGAAGUAAAUAUAUGUAAAAUAUUUCCAAUUUGCAAUUGUUUCCUUCGCUCUCAUCAAUCCCUCGCAACAAAUGUAAGAAUUUUAUUGUAAAAAGAAAUUUAUUUCCAUAGAUAGAUGAUAGAAUUUCAUCUCUCCGAGCA